UUCAGUUACUAGAUUUUGAAGGUAACCUCCUCCUAGCAAACAAUUUCCCCUCCCAUUCAAACACUUCUUUUUCCUGCGAUGCCUACACUGUGAGAGCCACCACUGGCUGCUGAGUGGACGCAUCCAACCAGCGGCAAAAAGCAUAAAACCUGUCACGCUAUCUCCAAACCUCACCUUCUUUUGAGCCCUAUCCUUGCGCCCUACCCCUAAGCCCUCAUUUCUUCUCUUGGAAGUCCAACUCGCAUCCCAUAUCUUUGGACGCAUCCAAGAUGGUAAACCAGCAUGAAGGAGGACUGUCUGUGGACAACAAUGAUAACACAGAGUCUUCCCUUCCUACCUCCCCCCCUCCAAAGGUAGAGGAUGAUGGCAUGCAGGAGGACUUUGUCAACACGCAGAAGGAAAUCCACUCUCUCGAUAAUGACAGCAGCCCUGCCUCCCCUCGAGCCUCCAAGAAACGCCGCACUGGUUCUGUAUCCAAGAGCGACACGGUUCCAGAACAUAAUGGAUUGCCAGGACAAUCUGCAGAUAAUCAAAUUGAAGAAGAGUUGGCUUCAGCGUUGAUCUCCGGAAGCGUCGACACGGUCGGACUUCGCAAUGGCGGAAACGGUCGCGUCGAGGGUAUUAUCCAAAGUGAUGCUCCUCAGGGACCUAAUCCGGAGAUUUCAUCGGACAUGGCAACUGUCAUAUCGGAUAUCAUGAAUCACUCCGGACGCGUCGAAGAGCAGUAUGCAUUGGGCCAACAGCAGUUGGAGAGCGGUCCUGGCCAGAGCACCUCGACAGGCUUGGUAUAUAUCAAGGCAAAUUCACACCUUAAGAUCCAAAGUCUGCCCAUUCUGGACAAUCUGUCAACUCAGAUUUUAACUCUGCUGGCCAAGUCUACCUACCAAGACAUCGCUGCCUUCAUCUCCGAACCUGAAUCUGAAAAUGGCGAGGCCUACGCGACGAUGCGCUCUCUAUUCGAUCACACAAAGAAAGUGUAUUCUUCUAAGAAUGCAUUUCUCUCGGCCUCUGAUCUUGGCUUUAACGAACCCCAACAGGUAGACAUCAUCCGUAAGGCUAACCUGGCCUCCUUCGUGUCGAGCAUUUUCGGAAGUCAGGAAAUUGGAUUUUCUGAACUGAAUGAACAUUUCCUUAAUGUUUUCGUUCCAGAAGGCUCCCGUCUCCUGAAGGUGCAAGGGGCUCUCUUCCUUGAGCUCAAGACUCAGGCAUUUAUAGCCUCGAUGAAUAACGCGGAACGCUCCAGGACGGAUAUACUUUUUGACUUGUUUCCCGAGGAUCUCGAGCAGCGUCUGCUUGACAGGCGACCUGGCUCUCGUCAACUCGCCCCAAGUGAGACAGAUUUUGUGAAACGCGCAAAAUCGCGCCGUGAUAUUAUCCUGAAUGAAAUCAACAACGAAGACGCGAUGAGAGCGUUGCCGGAUAAGUACCACUGGGAAGACUUCUUGAGGGAUCUGGUCUCCUACAUUUCGAAGAAUUUCGAUGCGACCAAUAGCCAACAGGCAAAGAAAGCAGCCAAAGCUCGGCAGACAUCCACUUCAAGUGGAGAAACACAGGAGCCGCCGAGUGCACCUCUACAGAGCCAAUUCUCGGUUACUCCGCAGCCUCCUGAUGCACCCGCUGAUAAGGGCCCGCAUAGCGAUCUUGUCGCUCGUGCUGCUCGUGCUGCCCAAAUUGCUUUGCAGGGCCAUGGACUGAGACGUUCACAGCAGCAGUCCCAACAGUCUCGGCAGCAACACCAGCAGCCACAAAAGUCCCACCAGGGAGCUCAACACGGGACCCAGACUCUUCAGGGAUAUUCGCCCGCACGACCGGCCGACCAAUUUCCAGUGCAGCAAGGUCCCCAGCAACAUUAUCAGAAUGCACCGCAAGGAUAUCAGCAGCCAGGACAGCUGACAUUCCAGCAGAGUUCCCUUCAGACAAACUUCCAACAGUACAGUCCUGGCGGUCCAGUUCCGAUUCCUCCGAGGCCGAACGGGGGAACUGCCAACCACGGCUACAUGCCAGGAAUACCCCACUACUCGCAGUCCCAACCUACUCAGGUUCUCUACGAACGUGCUCGAAUGGCAGCUUCUGCGAAGUCCUCACCUAGCAGCCGCAAGUCUGGUCUUCCAAGUCAGCGUCGACCUUGGACCACCGAGGAAGAAAACGCGCUCAUGGCUGGUCUCGAUCGGGUUAAGGGGCCGCACUGGAGUCAGAUCCUUGCCAUGUUUGGACCCGGAGGUACCAUCAGUGAGGCGUUGAAAGAUCGCAACCAAGUUCAGCUCAAGGACAAGGCGCGUAACUUGAAGCUAUUCUUCCUGAAGAGUGGAAUAGAGGUGCCCUAUUAUCUCAAGUUCGUGACCGGGGAACUCAAGACUCGCGCCCCUGCCCAGGCUGCCAAGCGUGAAGCCAGAGAGCGUCAGAAGAAACAAGGAGAGGAAGACAAGGCGCAUGUUGAGGGCAUUAAGGGUAUCAUGGCUCUCGCUGGUGCGCAUUCCCAGCCGGUUACACUUGGACCAAGCCCGGAAAGCAUGUCAGCAUCACCUAGUCUCCCUCCUGACUCUGCGACCCAUUCCACCUUUGAUCAGGAGGCGGAGCAGAAUCUGAUCCAGACUCUGAGUCAAGAGGUUCAUGGGGAUAGGUAUGCAGCUCAGCAGCAGACCCACCACCAGGAUCACGUUGAACAGAGCGCCAAUGCUGGACAGUAGAAGGAUCUCCAUCACAAUCCAGCAUGCCAGUUCCAACGGUUUUAACUAAUUCUCUUUUUACUCUUUUCACUACUUUGAUUCUACCUGCCUUUAAUUGAAAGUGGACGGUGAUCAAUUUAUGCGAUGUCAACAUUUCCAGUGUGCUUUUUACCAAUUGUUAACCAAUGUAUGAAGAUUAUCCAAGGGAACCAGUCCUUAUUGUUCAUCCAGUGUUUAUCUGGUAUGUAUUUUCUACCUCUUUAUGUUUUAUUUCAUUUGCUUGCUUGCUUGAUACUAUGGGUACAUCCCUCCUCUCCAAAGCACUGCAAUGAUAUACUGAAGCUUUUCAUUGAGAGAGACAAGUAUGAUGCCUUGACAUUGGAAAUCUAUUCGAUGAUAGUAUGAGCACUCAUCUGGGUAUCCAAUUGUCAAGGCAGCUCUUCUGUUCUGUAGCAAUAGCAAUUAUCGAGUCAAUAAACUGUUCCCAAUGUUCCGG